UACCCACAAUUCCUGUCGACACGUUCCAAGAUGGCCGCCUCCUGAGAGUAGGAGCGUCGCAAAGCCGGGGUUCAGGACAUGCCCUACGCGUGAAAGAAACUUAAUAAAACACCCAGCCCGCGUGUAUAGUAAUGUUUUACAGAAUGGGCACAAUAAGGCCUUGCAGUCUGUCUCUUGUUAGAAGCGCGGAACGCUGCGGCAGAGUGUCUCAGGACCCCGCUGCGGCGCGUCGUUGCUUCUCCGUGGCUCGCUGUCUGCGUGCCCGGCCGCCGACGCACAAGAAGAAGCCGCGGAGCGUGGUGGAAAUCCCGGGCCUGGAGCCGAUCACGUACGCGGAAAGGAUGCACUUCGUGCCAGGUCUGGCCAAGCCCACGUUCCCGCCGUGGCAGCGCGGGUGGCACGACCCCCGACACGCCGUGUGGCCCAAGUACGAGGAGAUGGAGCCGCAGAGAGAGAGACCGUGUUAUGUGUUCCACCAGAGGACGGCUGUGCUCGAAGGGAUGAGACAAGCCUUAUGGCUUACCAAAGCCGUAGUGAAACAAGGGCUCCCUCCUCAAGUCCUCUCAUUGGCCGAGGAAGCGGCCAAUCAGAUCGAGAACCAGGAUGAGCGCGUUCUGCAUGCAAUCCAGCACUCUCGCUUCUGGGACAGCACAGAGAAGAAGCCCUCGAGGGAGAGGUUCUGCCCGGUUCUGCUCCGAGACUUGCUUCACCUGUGUGGAACCCUGCAGGUCAAGUACCCAGCACUAGGCAAGAGAAUGCUGGCAGAGAAAUACAGUCUUUCAACCUGUUGGACCAGAGGUGGUGACCUUUUCCAGGUACGAGGCCAGAACGGGCUGCUUUUGAACAGCGCGUUCCCCAUUCCUGUGGUCGCUGGGAGGGAGGAGGUGCUGAGCUCACAAGACCAAGCUCUGGAAACCUUCUAUCCGAUCUCCCCCACCAUUGACCUGCAGGUCACCAACGUCUACUGGGAGAAGACUGACACGGGUUUCCGAGAGGGCUACCCGUAUCCCCACGCCCAUACUCUGUUCAUACUGGAGUCCGGUGAUGCCCCCAAGCUCCGGGAACAUCAGGUCUGCGCCAAGAUGAUCAUGUUUGCCUUUGGAAAUGCUCUGGCCCGGGCCCACACUCUGUAUGGGACAGAGCCCCGGGUCCUGGACCAGCCUGUGGUGGUGCAGAGUGUGGCCACCAAUGGCCGGACCUUCAGCUUCAUUGUGUUCCAGCUCAACACCACUGACUUGGAUUCGGACACUGGUGUGAAGAACCUUGUGUGGCUGGAUGCGGAUCAGCCCCUCUAUGAGUACGCCAAGAUCCGCCCACUCAUUAAGAAGAAGGUGGUCCAGGUUCCUGCUGGUGUGGCCGGAUACCAACCGGAGACCUUCAAGAAGUUCCUGGCUCUGUACUUACAUGGAGUUCUGUGACCUGCCACCGACCUCGCAGGCUGACUGAUAUCCAUUCCUGUUGAUGGAUCACUCCACCCCGAUGCUUAGCUAAUGCUGUUUGUGUUGAACACUUUGAAAUAAAGAGGUGAUACCUGAAGU